GGAAGUUAAAGCAACACUCGCUCACGACAGACGCGGCUUGUCAUUUUGUGUUGUCAGGUGUUGUUGUCCAUGUGAACUUUAUUUUUGACGUAGAAUUACAAUACGUUUGAUGUAUGGAAUACAAUACAGAGCACCUGACAAUUAUAGCUUAGCUGUAUGUGUGCAAAGUGUUAAGAAAGUAACGUUAAAGAAUGCAGACUGAUGGCGUUGGAGUACAUUGUCCGACCGACUUGUCACAUGCGACUGAUACGAAGAUUCAUGUUCUUGUAUGUGUAACUGGCAGUGUCGCGGCACUUAAAUUACCCUUACUGGUGGGUCAGCUUCUUCAGAUUCCCGGGGUGGAGGUGCGUGUGGUCACCACUGAGCAUGCCUGUCAUUUCUAUGACGUCGCUGAGAUACCUGUGCGAGUGUACACCGAUAAAGACGAGUGGGAGAUGUGGACACAGCGUUCUGACCCCGUGCUGCAUAUCGAGCUCCGACGCUGGGCACACCUGUUGCUCAUCGCCCCCCUGGACGCCAACACCCUGGGCAAGAUCGCCAGCGGCAUUUGUGAUAACCUCCUGACGUGCGUUGUGCGGGCGUGGGAUCUACGUCGUCCUCUGCUUUUCUGUCCAGCCAUGAACACGGCCAUGUGGAACCACCCCAUCACUACCCGACAGAUAAGCACGCUCACUGACUUCGGCUAUGUGGAGAUCCCCUGCAUCGCCAAGAAGCUGGUGUGCGGAGAUGAAGGAAAAGGUGCCAUGGCGGAGGUGAUGACGAUCGUGGAAACUGUCAAACAGUACCUUCCCAGUGCCGCUCCAUGUCAUAGCUCACACAUAAACGUUACAGGGUCAACUGCUGUGCCGCUUCACUCUGCUACUGAAGGAUCAGGCUGACUGCAACUGCUAUGGAUGGCAGGAAAACACAGUACACGUGAAUUUCUAGAUGAGUGAAUAAAUGCACUUACUUAACUGA